AUGAAGCGCCUGCUCCUGGCUCUCUUUGCCUUGGCCCUGUGGGCUCCUGUGGGCUGGGCCGGCAGGGGGCGAAAGGGAAGCCCCAUCGAGGGCUUGAGUUCCCCAGUGCCUCCUGCCCUUGAGGCGCCAGCUCAUCCGUCGAAACGGCAAAAGCAGCUGACCACGAGCGAGCUCGUCCCGGGGAGGGGUGUGGCAGAAGAGACCACCAAGUCUGAAGCCGGUGUGAAAAGCAUUACGGGAGAAAAGUAUGUUCACCAGAAAGGUAGAAAGCCUUCAGUCCUCAAGAACAGUGUCCUGAGGAGAAAGGAGACAACCCUCCCCCAUCUGGAUACCCAAAAUCUGGGGAAGGGAAUUGUGGUCAAGAAAGAAGAAUUGGCCAAAGUUGGAAAGAAGGUGUUGGCCUCUAAGAACAUAGAGACCAACAGCACCGCUGCCAAACCAGAAGCCACUAGCCCUGAGGCAAACAUCAGCCUAGCCCAGGCAGGAGGUGGUACGUACCCCCAGAAAGGUUUGAUCCAUGCUAAGAAAACAGCAGUGAAGGGAGAUGUUUUCCGCCACAGGACAAGGUCCGGAAAAGAAUAUGCCAUCACACAUAGGAAUGUUACUCAGACACAGACAGGAAAAGUGCCAAGCCCUUGGCCCAGGAAUGAAAGCCAGGCAUCCUCUAGUCCUGCCCAGAAAAAUGCCACGCAGACAAAAGAAGGAAAACGACCCAGACUUCUUCAUAGAAAUGCCAGCCAGGCAUUGUUGCAAAAGGAGAACCUGUCUCCCCGCAGGAACACCAGCAGGUCAUCCUCAGGAAAAGAACAGGGCACCCUUCGCAGAAAUGCCAGCCACACACUCCUGUGGGAGAAACAUGGCACUCUCAGGAGGAACAGCACCCGGGCACAGGGGAUGAAAGAGCCCAAGGUUCAACAGAAGAAUGCCAAGCAGGCCCUAUCAAGCAAGCAUGGCAUGCUCUCCAUGAACACCAGCUGGAUACUGCCAGGGCAAAAGCAGGGCAUCCUGCAGAGGAAUGCCAGCCAGGCACAGACAAAUAAAAGGCCCAGUGUCAUUCACAGAAAUACCAGCCAGGCACUGCCAGGGGAAAAAAUUGGCACCCCACACAGGAAUACCAGCUGGGUUGAAGCCAGGAAGGAACGCAUCCCUCCCCAUAAGAAUGCCAGCCGGACAAUGCUAGAGGAAAAACACAGUGCUUCCAAGCAAAAUGCCACUCGGGCACUGCCAGGGAAGAGGAACGGCACCCAGCAAAAGAAUAUCAGCAGGACGGGAGUUAACAUGGAGUACAGGCCUUCUCGCAAGAAUGCCAGCUGGACGGUGCCAAGGAAAGAGCCCAGUUCUUCUCACAGAAAUGUCAGCCGGGCACUGGCAGGGACAGAGCCGGGCACCCUGCACAGGAAUGGUGGCCGAACACCCAGUGUCCCUUUCAGGAAUAUCACCCAAACUGCGAGUAUGACGAAACAAAGCCUGACUCUCAAGAACGCCUUCCAAGCAGGAGCAGGCAAACCAAAAUGGAGGCCUGCAGUAUCCAAAGAAAGAGAUGAGCCCAUCAUGCCCUCACUGCCUACGACAUGUCUGCUUAAUGAACAUGCCAUUGCGUGUGGCAACGCCCGCCUGAAACAUGUGCCCAAACUGAGUGACUCCGCACUCAAAACCCUCUAUCUGGCAGAAAACGAGAUCGCCCAUGUCCCAGCUGGGGUUUUCUUGGGAUUGCCAAAUCUAGAAUGGCUGGAUCUCAGCAAGAACAAGCUGGAUUCCGCAGGGCUGCACCCAGAAGCUUUCAAGAAUCUCACCAAACUGAAGCGUCUGAAUCUGGACGGGAACCAGCUCACUACAAUCCCAGCCUUACCCAAUUCACUACUGGAGCUAAAGUUGAACGACAAUAAUUUAGGAGGGCUGCAGAGACACAGCUUUCGAGGCCUCUUCACACUCCUCACCCUCGAGUUGGAGGGGAAUCACCUGCAUGAUGGGAAUGUGAUCCCCACCACCUUCAAGCCCCUUGGCAGACUCAUCUACCUGCGGUUGGACCGGAAUCGCUUUCGGGCUGUCCCUUCAGGGUUGCCCGCAUCUUUGCAAGAGCUGCACCUGGAUUCCAAUCGGAUUGAGGAGGUAACUGAAGGUGUCCUCAACAAAACCUUGAACCUCACUAUGCUGGUUCUGAGCAAUAACAAAUUGCAAGAGGAACGCAUUGCUCCACGUGCCUGGAUAGACCUCCCGAAGCUGGAGUCAUUGGAUCUGUCCCACAACCGCCUCGCGCUCGUGCCCUCGUUCCUCCCCCGGCACCUGAAGCAGCUGACCCUGCAUCACAACCGCAUAGAGCGUAUCCCUGGCUAUGUCUUUGCCCACAUGAAGCCAGGCCUGGAAUUCCUGCAUCUGUCGCACAACGUGCUGCGAGACGAUGGCAUCCACGCGGUCUCCUUCUUGGGGCUCUACCGCUCACUUGCGGAACUGCUCUUGGACAACAACCAGCUUCAGGCCAUUCCCCGCGGCAUCCUGAACUUAAAGGGGCUACAGGUUCUGCGGCUGAGCCACAACCGUAUCAGGCAUGUCCCCCUGAAUUCUGUCUGCGACACUCGAGUGGCAGAGGAUUCAAAUAUUGUGUCCAUGCACCUGGAGAACAACUUGAUUGACCGCCGUCGUAUCCCACCCACGGCCUUCUCCUGCAUCAAAGCUUAUCACAGUGUGGUGUUGCGGCCACAGCAGAAUGAAGAUGACUACUAA